AUGGGAACAUUGAUCGACCGCUUCGAGGAGCACGAUGGACCUGUCCGCGGUAUCGACUUUCACAAGACACAACCACUCUUCGUUUCGGGAGGAGACGACUACAAGAUCAAAGUCUGGUCCUACCAAACGAGGAGGUGCCUCUUCACGCUCAAUGGUCACCUGGACUAUGUUCGAACAGUCUUCUUCCACCAUGAGUUGCCUUGGAUUUUGUCCGCAUCGGACGACCAGACGAUUAGGAUUUGGAACUGGCAGAAUCGGUCUCUGAUCUGCACCAUGACGGGCCACAACCACUACGCCAUGUGCGCCCAAUUCCAUCCUAAGGAGGACCUCAUUGUUUCCGCCUCCCUUGAUCAAUCUGUUCGAGUGUGGGAUAUUUCAGGACUACGGAAAAAGCAUUCGGCUCCAACAUCGAUGAGUUUUGAAGAUCAGAUGGCCCGAGCAAAUCAACAACAGGCUGAUAUGUUUGGUAACACCGAUGCCGUUGUCAAGUUUGUUCUCGAAGGGCACGAUCGAGGCGUGAAUUGGGUGGCUUUCCAUCCGACCUUGCCGUUGAUCGUCUCAGCAGGCGAUGACCGCCUUGUUAAACUGUGGAGAAUGAGCGAGACCAAGGCGUGGGAGGUUGACACUUGCCGGGGGCACUUCCAAAACGUCUCUGCAUGCUUGUUCCAUCCACAUCAAGAUCUCAUUCUGUCCGUGGGCGAGGACAAAACUAUUCGGGUCUGGGAUUUAAACAAGAGAACUUCCGUCCAAUCCUUUAAGCGGGAGAAUGAUCGUUUUUGGGUCAUUGCCGCCCAUCCUGAGAUCAAUCUUUUUGCCGCCGGCCACGAUAACGGAGUUAUGGUCUUCAAACUCGAACGAGAGCGCCCUGCAUCCUCUGUGUACCAGAACCAACUAUUCUAUAUCACAAAGGACAAGCACGUCCGGUCCUAUGACUUCACCAAAAAUGUCGAGUCCCCUUCACUCCUGUCACUUAGGAAGUUUGGCAGCAACUGGGUCCCUCCUCGCACACUCUCUUACAACCCUGCAGAACGAUCAAUCCUGGUCACAUCACCCACGGACAAUGGCACUUACGAGCUGAUUGCACUUCCACGAGAUGGCACAGGAGCUACGGAUCCUACAGAUAUCAAACGUGGAUCAGGCAACGCGGCAGUCUUCGUGGCCCGCAAUCGCUUUGCCGUUUUCAGUACUUCCACCCAGUUAGUCGAAAUUAAAGACCUCAGCAAUUCGACGACCAAGUCCUUCAAAGCACCUGCUGGAACUACUGAUAUCACAUAUGGUGGCACUAGCUGUCUGCUUCUCAUCACUCCCACAAAUAUUGUUCUCUACGAUAUUCAGCAGAAGAAGCAGCUGGCAGAACUGAGCGUUACGGGCGUCAAAUAUGUCUCUUGGUCAAACGAUGGUCUGUAUGCUGCUUUGCUCAGUAAGCACAAUGUCACCAUCGUGAACAAAUCCCUAGAGCAAGUCAGUACUCUGCAUGAGACGAUCAGAAUCAAGAGCGCCGCCUGGGACGAUUCCGGUGUCUUGCUUUACUCAACUCUCAACCAUAUCAAAUACACUCUCCUCAAUGGUGAUAACGGCAUCGUUAGGACGCUCGACCAGACGGUUUACCUCGUCAAAGUCAAAGGCCGUAAUGUCUACUGCCUCGACAGAUCCGCUAAGCCCCGAGUUCUCAGCAUUGACCCCACGGAAUACCGGUUCAAGUUGGCGCUUGUGAAGCGCAACUACGAUGAAAUGCUUCAGAUCAUCAGGACGUCACCCCUGGUUGGGCAGAGCAUUAUCUCUUACCUGCAAAAGAAAGGCUAUCCAGAGAUCGCCUUACAGUUUGUGCAAGAUCCCCAAACCAGGUUUGAACUCGCCAUCGAGUGCGGCAACCUGGAAGUUGCCACAGAAAUGGCCAAAGAGUUGGACAGACCCAAAAUUUGGACACGCUUAGGCGCCGAAGCGUUAAUUCAUGGCAACCAUCAGACCGUGGAAAUGACCUAUCAGAAACUUCGAAAUUUCGACAAACUGUCAUUCUUGUACCUUUGCACAGGUGACGAGGAGAAACUCACUAGAAUGGCCAAAAUUGCCGAGCAUCGGGGAGAUUUUGUGUCGAGAUUCCAAAAUGCACUGUAUCUCAACGAUGUGGAAAGUCGGAUUCAAAUGUUCAAAGAGAUUGAUCAAUAUCCAUUGGCUUAUCUUACUGCAAAGUCUCACGGGUUGACAGAAGAAUGCCAAUCAAUACUCGAACUUUGCGGGUUGACCGAAGAUCAAAUCUCAAUGCCUGACUCGGGAGGGGGUCUCGCUCCUCCAAAGGUCAUUAUUCCGACCUACAAAGCAAACUGGCCAGUCAAGGAAGCAUCCCAUUCCUCAUUCGAGAGAGCUCUCCUCGGAGAAGUCGGAGUGGCCGUUGAAGACGAAACAAACCCUGAUCUCCUCACCGAGGAUAUGCCGGUGGCUGCAGACGGUGGCGGACUCCCAGCAGAGGAAGAGGCGGAUGCUGGCGAAGGUUGGGACAUGGGUGACGACAUCGGCCUCGAAACGACAGGAAAUGAUUCUGAUUUCGUCAAUGUCGACAACCCAGAUGCACCUGCGGAAGCUGCUGGUCCGGGCAGCUCAGAAGCAGAUAUGUGGUCACGAAAUUCUCCGUUAGCUGCGGAUCACGUCGCAGCAGGCUCUUUCGACAGUGCCAUGCAGCUGCUGAACCGUCAAGUUGGCGCAGUGCAUUUUGAGCCUCUCAAGUCCAGGUUCCUGGAAAUUUACCAGGCGUCCAAAACAUUCCUGCCUGCCAAUGCUAGCUUGCCGCCGAUUGUGAACUACGUUCGCCGCACCACUGAUGAGACGGACAACAGAAAACUCCUGCCCGUCAUUCCCAGAAACCUGGAGACCCUCACAAACGUUGACCUUCAGGAAGGGCACACGGCUAUGAGAACCAACAAACUGGAGAAUGGUGUUGCUACGUUCCGAACGCUGUUGCAAUCACUUCUCGUCAAUGUCGUUAGCUCGCAGGCUCAAGUCGAAGAAGCCAAAGCACUUAUCACCAAAUCGAUGGAAUACACACUUGCGAUGAAUAUCGAGCUUGAAAGACGUAAACUCGCAGCUUCAGGUGGUGAUUCAGAGGCACAGCUUAAGCGACAGCUCGAACUUUCCGCAUACUUCACCAUGCCCAAACUUGAGGUCGCCCAUCGGCAGUUGGCUCUUAUGGCGGCUAUGAAGUUGGCCUUCUCGAACAGACAAUAUUCGAGUGCACUGUCCUUUGCAAAUCGAAUCCUUGCCAAUGGCGGCGCGGUCAAACUGCUUGAACAGGCGAAGAAAAUCAAGCAACAAGCCGAGCGUUCUGGGUCUAGUGACAAGACCGACAUCGAGUACGACCAGUUCGCCGAUUUCGACGUUUGCGCAGCUUCUUUUACUCCAAUCUAUACUGGAGCGCAGAGCGUGUCCUGCCCAUUCGAUGGGGCCAAGUACCAGAGCCAGUUUAAAGGACAGGUGUGCAGGAUCUGCGAAGUCUGCGAGAUUGGUGCCGCGGCUAGCGGUCUGAGGUUAUGGGUAAAGGGACUCUGA